AAAUUUUAAUAGUUAGGCCCUUAAGUUUUGAAUUAAACGUGUAUCUAAUGGCUCACUGCUUAUUAGGAUGAUGUGAUGAUCCACAGCAUUUAUAUUGCGCCACAUUUAUGUUAAAAACGUUCAUAGGAUAAUGUGUAAUUUGAAACUAGAAUUAGGUUCUAGAUUAAAAACCCAGCCAUAGUUUGGGUCAUUAAUUUAUUGGUUAUCUCUUAAAUUAAUUCUCUGUCAUUAAAUGAUAGGCCAAAGAGUCUACAAGUUGCAUGGAACCACAAUGAAUAUAUUUCAGAAAGAACACAAUGUUACGGAUGUCUUGGGUUGUUUGAUUGUAUUUCAUCCUGUUUCGGGUAGAAUGUAAGAUCAAAUACGCCAUGACAAGUGACAUGUGAGCAUUCAUACAACCGUCCCUUCAUAUUAUACACAAGACGAUGUGUAGACUACUCUAACUGGAACAGAAGACCAAUUUAUCAUCUGGGCCCUCCUUCCCGCUAAAUUCCAUACCAAUUGAGAUAAGGCGUUCCUUUGGUCGCGAAGCAAUGUUAAACGCAUCAUCCUUUUCCGUUCCGUUUAUUCUCACCGAUCUGAAGAGCAUCUACAAAACAGAUGGUUUAAAGUGAAGUUCAAGUAGAGAGGGAAUUUAUUCUUCUAUACUAUCGAACGGUCUUAGAUCUCGCCAGAUUACACAGUUGCUACUUGUUAGACCACAGUUCACGUUAACAUUCCUUAUUUGUUCUUUUGAGGAAAUGAAUUUUAUGAAGAGUUUUGUUAGUGAUGUUCACGACUAAAUUUGUGCAUGGGCGAUGGCCAAUCGGAUGCAAGGAUUAAUUCUCAGUAGCCUGUACAUAACAUCUGUCAUUGAAAACCAUUGAUAAUACUCUUCAUGAAAAACAAAGUGUUACAGAAGAUCCAAAUCAAAGUCUUACUGAGAUUUAGCUCAAUUCCUUUCUCUUUGUUACACAAUUUUAGUUUAAUGUUAUAGUUUCACUUUGAUUUUUUAAUCCAUUGCAACCCUUUCUCAGAAAAUGUAGCCCAAGUUGUUGCAGAUGUGAAUAUCGUUCUCCCGUGUACUAUACCUUUCCUUUAAGAGUCAUUAUAUAGAAUGUUAUUUACUAUCUACAGACGAGCAUGAAAUUAUCAUUGCUAACAAAUCAUUCAACACUUAGGGUAUUUUAUUCUCAAUCGUAAUGUCUUUUAUUGAAUCAAACCAGUUUACCUCAGUCUGUCAUGCUCAUCACUCUAUGCAUGGAUGAGAAUAAAGGAGAAUAGCGUGAUGGUAUUCACACCUACAGAUGUCAUGAGAAAAAAAGAUAGUUAAAAGCUUUAGGAAAUACAUGAAUUUGCCCUGGAUUUCUAUCAAUGCUGGUGUUUCCUCUGGUAUUUUCAUUUUUUUUCCUUUCUUUCUUUUUAUCUUUCUUAUCAUUGAUUGACUUUUUUUUCUUUGUCUCUAUCUUCUUUUCUCUUCUCUUCUUCUCUCCUCUUCUCCCCUCUCCUCUCUUCUCCACUCUCUCUUCCGUUUCAUUUCUUAAUCAAACAGGAAUCCAUAUUUUUAUCAAUGUUAUUUUGUUUGCUUUUUUUUACCAGGCACAUUCAUUCUCAGAGGUAUUAUCAGCAUGUUCACAUUCAGAAGAGCGAGAACUGUUUUCCUGUCUGGACCGAUAUGAAAGACGUGAGUCUUGUUGCAGUUUGGCCCGUGAAAAUACUCAGUGUCGGAAUAAAUGUGAAGAUGUCUUUGACUCUCCCCUCCCAACGGAUAACAUGGGUUUGGAUAUAGAGAUCUACUGUUCAGAUGAACGCAUCCAACAAUGUGUUUAUAAUUAUACUACCAUCAUGGCUCCAAGACAUAACCCCAGAGAUAGCCUUUACUGCUGUGAGCGUUCUACGAGACCAAGAUGUCGGGAGGUCUGUCGGCAGACUUUAACUAAUCUGACAUCAGAGGGCGCUAUAAUGAAUGCCUUGGAAGCAGGAUGUGAUCAGCCUGUGCCCAAUGAUGAAAUGUGGAAAUGUUUUCUUCUUGUAUCAGCUGGGAAUGAAGUCAGUCACCCUGAUGUAGGUCCUACCAAUGCUGGAGCUAUAGAUGGAGCUAAUCUUCAAUGUUGUCUGAGAGCUAUUAGCUCAAGGUGUAGGGACAUCUGUGUCAAGCUCUACACGCCAUCACUGUCUAGUAAAGAAACCUGGAAUGAGUUUGAUGAGCACUGUCGAUAUCAGCCUGCUGAAGAAGCACUUCUUACCUGUUUAGCAGAUGUUGAAGAACCUUGUAAACCAGGAUGCAGUGGAAUGGAUUAUUGCGCACACUUCAAUAAUAGACCUACUGAUCUCUUUCGUAGCUGUUCAGUUCGGUCCGAUGAGGGCGCUGCCUACGACAUGCAGCUGUGGAGCGAGGGCCUGAUAAGGAUGCCGUUUAUGAACAUCCCUGUUCUUAACAUCGCUGAGUGCGAAUCUGAUAUGUGGAAGACCAUAGCAUGCACUCUGCAGGUCAAGCCUUGUCAUCGUAAAACACACACUAAUAUGAUCUGCAAGUCUGAUUGUAUCCACAUACUCAGUAGGUGCAUCGACCAAUCCCGCUUGGCUAAGGGUGUGGACUCUGUGGGCUUGUGCAACAUCCUGUCCCCGUUUGACGACAACGCUCCCUGCGUAUCUCUGAAUCCGUUCCUGGACCCCAGUCAGCACCAUUCCUCACUCCUAGAGGACAUCACCACCCCCUGCCACUCAGAUCCCUGUAACAAUGAUACAGAGGUCCCUCAUGGAGUGUGUAGGGUGAAUAGGAAGUUGUGUGGGCAUCAGGAGGUCUGCCAACACCAUACCUGCAGCACAGGAUGCCGUCUAGGAGAAGCUUCAUCCUUCUUGGUACCCAUUGGUAGUUACGUCCGUCUCCCAGACUCCGGGGACAACCUAGACUGCUACCAGUCGUGUGUGUGUGGGCCAACGGGACAGCUGGAACACUGCCAACCACUGCAGUGUGAACGCAGCGAGAUGUGCCUCAUCAGUGGACAGAUGAAAGAACAUGCGAGUCAUUUUCAUAUAGACUGCAAUCUAUGUGUAUGUUUCGGAGGGACAGAGAUCUGUUCUAAACGACAAUGCUUGACCAAUGAGAUGACCAUUGAAGAAAGGAGACGAUACACCGGUCUACCUUGCGACUGCACCGAUCAGUUUGUUCCUGUCUGUGCUAAAAAUGGCAAGACAUACCCAAGUGCUUGCAUUGCCAAGUGUGUUGGUAACUUCAACGAUGAGCAGCUUGAAAUAGGAACGUGUGCAGUGAACUCUCCCUGUCAAUCCAACCCAUGUAGUCUAGGUUAUAGAUGUGUUCCUAAGCGUAGGGUAUGCCUCAGUGUGAAUUUUGCAGACUGCCCUCAAUAUGACUGUGUUAUUGCAUCCAAUGAUUGUAACAUGGAGACCUAUGCUCCAGUAUGUGACACUAACCACAUAACACAUCCUAAUAUGUGUACCCUGCACAGCCUUGGAGCAGAGCUUGCCUAUAGAGGGCGCUGUCAGGUGGAUUGUCAUAGUUCAAUACAUCAGCAGGUAUGUGGUCAUAAUGGAGAGACAUACUCUAGUGAAUGUGAAGCCUGGAAUGACAGGACAACGGUAGACUACUAUGGUCCUUGCCAAGCUGUGGGUACAUUGACAGGGGAGGAAGAUGUUGAGAUCCAGUGCACGACGGUAGACUGCCCGGAAGUUGUUGCACCUGACCUAUGCAUAGCGGUGACACCCCCUGGUAGUUGCUGUCCGAUAUGUGCUGGUCAAGUACGUAUUUUAUUUAGUGAGCGUGAAGUAGACAGAGUAGUCACAGCCUCAGGAAGCCGUAGUAUAUCUUUAGACUCGGUGCUAGACGGAUUGCGCAAUGAAGUGGCUGUGGCGGAGUGUGACCUCUUUGGAUAUUUGAGCAUAGAGGGCGAUAUAAUAGCAUUGAUCAAACCUAUAGUGACAAACCCUACACUUAUCCAGAUAAAAGCUUGCAAUACAGAAGCAGAGAAGAUAGCAGCUCUUAUAAACAACAGAAGUCCUGUCAUAUCAGCAUACCUUCAUCUCAGUCCAUUAUUAGCAGCGGCUUCUAGAAACCCUCAAAUAAUAGAACCCAACUCAGCUCAUUCAAUCCAUCAACUUUCAUCAUUCUGUACGUUAAUUAUAGUCUUACGAACAAUCCACGAGCUCUUAUUCCGAGUCCUUAGGUAGCAGUAAAAAAAACACACAACUUAGAACUUUUUAUCUUUCCAAAGAAACAAGCUAUUUAAAAAAAUAGAUUUUAACUUCAUAUUUUAUAUAUGCAAAUCUUUUGAAAUGUACAUAUGAGUUUUUAUGAAUCCUGUAAAUUAAGAGUAUUGUAUUUAUAUUUUAUGUCUAUCGUAGUAUUUUUCCAAAUCAUUGUCUUUAUAUUGUUGGCUGAAGUAUUGUAAUAAAUGUUUGUUAUUUGUCUUGUCUGAGAAUGUUGAAGUUCUUUUUUUUUUAUUCUUACAUAUAUUUUGAUCCUUAACCAGACUUCUGAUUCUGAAUCUAAGUGAAUACUUUCAAUAUUUGUUUUGGUUUCACAUAUGGAUAAUAUACAACAGGCAUAUUGUUCAUAUACAUGUAGUUCAAGAUACAAUGGUGUUUGAAUAAAAGGGAUUGUUUUCAAGCAAUCUGUUCAUUUACAUGAGAUAAAUAUUCUGCUAAUAAAUGACUUUUAUAUCUAUCAGGUCUACAAAAUUUGACAAAAGUUUUGCAGACAAACUGAAGAUAUAAUGAUUUCCUAGUGGCAUUAUUAGUCCGUAUGAUAUCACAAUCUUGUAAUGAUGUGAAUCAUUUCAUACGUAUCAUAUGUGUUUGGGCAACAUAUGUCAAAUAUUCCCCCCCCCCCCAUUUUUUAAAAAUAUUUUUUUUUAAAUAUUUUUUUAAGUUCACUGUUAACCAGUCGUCACCCCAGUGGGAUUUACAUUGUUAUAUCUUUGGAAAUAGUUGAGUGCAUUUUGGUAGAGCUCUCUACAACUCAUCAUCAUUUUCUGUUUCACAUUUUCAUCUAUAUAUUGUGAUAUUGUUGAUUUUUAUAAAUUUAUUUAGAUGCAGUAGGAAUGUUACACUGAAAUCAUUGCAAUCAGAGGAGUCAUAUAGAAUUGUUUGAUGCUAGAAAUAAUAUUGCUGAAUUUGUAGGAAUUAUUUACUUUCAUUGUUUUUUUUCCUUCCAUUUCAUUCAUGGAAACUUGCUUCUGAGAUUCUUUCAAAUGUUGAAUUUGCCUUUCAUUUACUUCUUCUUUUUUCUCAUCAGUUUUCAUUACAAAUAUUUUGAUAUAUUUACGCUGUUUAUACUUAUUUUGUCUUAUUUUUCCAUAUUUGAAAUCUGUUUUGAAAUUGUUUUGCAACUUUAUAUGGUGCGAGAGGCUUGAAUGAUGGCUGCCUACCAAAGAUAAUAUGUACAUAAUUGAAACAAUGUUUAGUAGGAUUUUUCUCUCCUGUACUUCACGUCAUACAUGAAUAUAUUCCCCAAGUUGGGUAAAUAGGUGUAUGUGAUUACUUCUAGCAAUUCUGUGGCUCAUCAUUAGGUAUUUGAUGACAUACUUGUAUUCGUUUCAGUGGAUGUUCUAAUCAUCAUGAAAAAACAGAAUCCCUAGUGGAGUAUUGGAGGGAAAAUGGGUCUGCUUACGGUACAUUAUUUCAUGGUAUAUUUAUUUUUAAAAUGAUUUGAACAUUCUUUCUGUGAAAGAGAGAGGAGUGUUUGUGUAUGUGUGGGUGUGUGGAGGUGUUUUAAGGUAUUUAUGGUCAUAUCAUUUUAUGAUUUAUGUUAUUCAACCUGCGUCUCUUCUCACAAAGAAUUAUGAAUACUGCAAUCUCAUCUAUGGCACGCCAGCAACAUCAUAAGGUGACACAACAUAUGCUCCUGUGAUAUUUGCUUGGGUUUUAAUAUCUCAGAGGGCGUAGGGUUAGAGUUAGGUUUGUAAAAGAGUAUUU